CUGAAUAACGAAUGUUCUCAAAUAGUUAAUUUUGUUCGUACUUUGUGAUUCGUCGUGAUUCGUAAUUUAUUGAACAUUGAAGUGUUUAAUUUAUCCGAAUAUUUUUUWAUUUUUAUAGUCAGUGCGACAUUCGCGAGUUCCUAAAKCACAAGAUAGACUCAUUUUGAUUUGAUUACGAAAUAUUGGGCAAUCGCCAAUCAUUCAACAAUCGGUUUUUACAGAUUCGGCUUUUAGCAAUCAUGGACAACCAUCACAUCAAAGUUGACCUGUUAAAAUUGUUGGACGACAAUCAUUUGACCGUAGCGCAAGGGACGUCCGACCGUAAAAACGUAUUAUUUGUCGUCGGCAAACCGUCAGCCGUCAAAAAAUUGGAAGAGUUCACUACUUGUUAUGCCGACAGGAUCAAUAUGAAAAUCGCCACAGUCGAAUACAUUAACCUUGCGACUGAAUUGCCAUUGUACAACGCCAUCCUGUCAGGUUUCGGGGUUGAUGACAAAGUGUCGUGUGACUUGGUAUUACUACCAACAUAUAUUGCAUUGCUAGCUGCUGGCGGCGCACUGAUCGCAAAAACCGAAGAAGGGACUGAGGACAUGCUGGUGAAACAUAUGAAGUUGUAUGGUUUCCUUAAUGUUACCAUCGACAAAUCUAUUCCUGGAGUAGUCAUUGGAAAUAUGCCAAUGUACAAGGUUGGAUCCAGUGACAAAAUCGCAUUGAAUCCAGAAGUGAAAGAAAAUGUAAUUUCUGCGUGGAAGUUGGAGGAUAAUAAUUCUGAAACAAUAUCUGAAGAUGAUUUAUUAGAAGCUGAUGACUUAAAAAAACCAGAUUCUUCCUCGCUCAGAGUGUGUGCUACUACCAAAAAGGCUAAAGCUUGCAAAGACUGUAGUUGUGGAUUAGCAGAAGAACUUGAAGCAAAUCGUCUCAAAGAUACACCCAAACCAGACACUUCUAAYGCUAAAUCAUCUUGUGGAAGUUGUUAUCUGGGUGAUGCAUUCCGCUGUGCCAGUUGUCCAUAUUUGGGUAUGCCAGCUUUCAAGCCAGGCGAGAAAGUUCAACUCGCUGGAAACUUGUUACAGGAUGAUUUUUAAUCGGUAUAUUCUGUCAAAUUCACUUGACACACACAUACACACCAACUAGGAUAUUUAUUUACAAUAUUUUAAUUAUAAUAUUAUGUAUAGACAUCAUAAAUAUUGUGGUUGAAUUAAAUAAACAAUUUUUUUUUUAUUCAAAUGUAUUUUUUCCCCUCAAACCAAAAAAAUUUAAGGGCGGACGUUAUAAACAUUAUGGUUACAAAUGAAAAAAAAAAAU